UUCACGUCUUAUUACAGCGCUGCAGUUGGUAGCAUUUUCACAGGAGGGCGUAUGGACUAGGACGUACUUAGGCUACUGCGUGCACUUUUUAGAAAAAGAAAAUCCUUCCACAAUAUUACCUUAAAACGGACUACCUUUCUAAAGGAAACAGGCGAGCGUAUUUUUCCUCCGCAACAUUCCUUCAACAGAGGGCCUGUCAUUGAGUGGUGGGUGUUUGCUCACUGGUGUAAAGACAGCGGCGAGUGCGGUUGUGUGUUUCUGAUGGCAGGGUGGAAGGACGGCUCGGUGCAGGAGAAGUAUCGGCUGGUGGUCGUGGGAGGCGGUGGCGUCGGGAAGUCAGCAUUAACUAUCCAAUUUAUCCAGUCUUACUUUGUCACCGAUUAUGACCCCACGAUUGAAGACUCCUACACAAAGCAGUGUGUCAUCGACGAGAGAGCUGCCCGCCUAGACAUCUUGGAUACAGCAGGACAGGAAGAGUUUGGAGCCAUGAGAGAACAAUACAUGAGGACGGGGGAGGGAUUCCUGCUGGUAUUCUCUGUCACCGACAGAGGAAGUUUUGAGGAAAUCUACAAAUUCCAAAGACAGAUCCUCAGAGUAAAGGACCGUGAUGAGUUUCCUAUGAUCCUCGUGGGCAACAAGGCAGACCUGGAGUUGCAGAGACAGGUGACUCAAGAGGAGGGGCAGCAGCUGGCCAGACAGCUGAAGGUAACCUACAUGGAGGCCUCUGCUAAAAUCCGUAUGAACGUAGACCAAGCCUUUCACGAACUUGUCAGAGUAAUAAGAAAGUUCCAAGAGCAGGAAUGCCCGCCCUCACCAGAGCCCACGCGCAAAGAGAAAGACAAGAGUGGCUGCCAUUGUGUGAUUGUCUGAGCGAGGGGCCUCUCUCGCUUUCACUUUGCACCAAGCUGCUGUCACCAUUUCCCGCCCCCAGCCUUCUGACAUCACAUCCUGUGUGGAUCAGCGCCACCUUCUACACCUGCAUUACUUAAAGCUUUGGCCUUGGUGACAGCCCCUGACUGGAGACACCAGCCCUGGAGGCCCAUGUUGACCGAAGUGCAAAAUGACAGACAUGGAAAAUCCACUCAACAUUCACAAAGAAACAUCAUUCAUUUACGCUCAAAGAAGCCUCUCAACACUAAACGCUGCUUCUUAAACCUAAACAAUUCCAGUUUUGUAUCUUGAAGAACCUCUUUUGCCUCAUAGUGACAUUUGUACUUUUGACAAAAUGGCAACAGCAACAACAAAAAUAUCUGGAAUGUUGAUUUAAAAAGAAAAAAAGUUGUAGCUACAGGAAUUUCAGCCUUAUGGAGUGAGGUGUUCUAAUCAAGCUUCAUGUACUUCGUGCCAUAUCCGUUUUUACUUUCAUGUGCUGAUCAACUACUGUACAUAAGUAAAAAUUUGUUGUGAUUUUCAAAGUGCAUUUCUAAUGAGUUCAAUUGCCAUAAUACAGUGAGGUUGAAUCUGAAGGAUGGAUAAACAUGGUUUGACAUUCAGACACACAAUUAUGUGCAAGUAUAUAUGACUGCAAAUAGCCAAAAAGUGAUUUUAAAAAGUCUGAUUCUCUUCUAGGGAGAGGUGAUCAUUAUUUGCUGUCGCUGGAUGCUUCAGUUGUUUUGGUGCCUAAAUACAGUCUGUUUUUACGUGAUUUACAAGGACUCACAGAAUGACCUGGCAGCAAAUCGGUCCUAUGAAAUCAAUCAGCAUGACUAUACAUGAUGUUAACUAGAUAGUCUAACUUUGUACCUCUCUCUGUCUCCACUUUUGUAGACACUCAGGUCGACUGAUCUAAAAAGGAAAAAGCUGCCUCGUUCAGAGUGAAUUGGCCCUUUGGUUCCAUUCUAGGUACCUCACCAAUAGUGUUAAUGGCGGAACGCCAGGCCCACGAAUGAUGCUCACUGUCAGGCCUUAAUUUUUUUAAUCGAUCCUGUUCUGUCGUUUGUUUUUAUAUGUUAUCUUUACAGUGUUCUUUCUGUGGGCAAGUGCUGUGGUCACUGUCAAUGCUAAUACAGAAAGCAGAUUAAUGCCAUGCACUGGAGUGUUGGUCAGCUAACUCCACAAUCCACAUCCCUUUAAAGCAGCCUGGGGGCUCUGUGCUGCAAACAUACCAUAAAUAUUUGCUGACUCAAAAGCUUCAUCUACUUAGACACAGUGUCUACGGUUCUUUGGUCUUGAGUGUGCUCAUGAAGAGUGGCUCCAUAGCGCUCGCUCA